AUGAACCAAAUAAAUGCUUCAGUAAAAAAUGGAAUGUUCAAUGCUCAGCUUGCUAAUCAAAUCUUUGUUCUCUGUCAACAACUAAAGUUUUCCGGGCAGCUUCUUGAGCAGUCUCACAAAAAUGAGUUGAACCGAAUAUUUGUAUCUUUACGACAAGCAUGUUGUCGUGAUAAUGGUCAACUAGGAACACCAUGUCGACUGAAAAUGAUGGAAUUAGUAGAAUUACGAGCGAUGGGUUGGAGGCCAAGUUUGGCUCAUACGCAGUAUUAUUUAAAUCGUCCAGAACAACAACAGCAACAACUAAUUGAUCCAGCACCAGUUAGCGCACCACCGUUUGGCACUAUUCCCAUAAAUCCGUUCGGAAAUUUCGGCGGUCCUCCUCCACCGCUUUAUGUUGGAGGUGAUGUGGGCAGUCCAAUGAUUGCUCCUCAACCAGCACCAGCGAGCUUUUAUUUAAUACCGGCCGCCGCUGCUAGUGGAUGGGCUCGGCCGAUGAUUGCUCCUGGAGUGGUGCCUUCGGGAAAUAUUUUGCCACAGUUAGCACCAAUUGAUGUGGAAGCUUGGGCAAAAGUCAACAAGCAACUCCAGCAAACGAAAUUAAAAGUUAAAACACCACAGAGUCGUGUUCCUCAGUUGCGUGAAGAAAUGGUUAUACGUAAUAGUGAUUCUGGCAAAAUAAUGGGUGUGAAAGGUCGACGUGUUGCCGUAGUCGAAGAGCUCAGCAAAACGGUAAUAUCAUUUCAAAAGGUUGAUUCGAAAUGCAAAGAUCGUACAUUAACAAUAACUGGAAGUAAUCAAGAAUCAAUUGAUUAUGCGAAACGGCUUAUCGAACAAACAAUACGCCGCAAUAUCUCACCAAAUCGAGCUAUGACGACUAGUACUGAGGCUGAUGAAAACGAUGAUGAAGAUGAUGUUGGAAUAUCAAUUGAAACUGCUCAAGAUGGCACGUUGAAGUUAUCGUGCGCUGAUCCACAAGUGCUUCAGGCAGCACAAGCAGCUCUAAGUGAAUAUCUCACGAGAGUUGGCCGUAAUCAUUCUCGGAUGACUGCUGAAGAACGUGAACAACGUAAAGAACGACGAAAAUCGAUGCCAUUACAAUCUUCAUCAAAUCGUUCUCAUGCUGCCAACUGCGAUGUUGCACCAGUUUGUAAUAAUAAUGUGCAGUGGCGUUCGUCGGGUAAAACUGGAAGUACUCCAAAUUUGGCUCAACUUAUUGGCGCUAACUCAAGUACUGCUAAUAAUCCAGUGGCUGAAGACAUCAAACGUUACGAUAGAGCGCAUUUGUUAGAACUUCGUUCACUUUUUAAUUGUUUGGAUUUGGAAACAGCGAUCAUUAUACACAAACUCGAAAUUGAGCGCCCUAAGCGCGCUAGCAAAUCUUAA